AUGUCGCGUGACCAAAUACAAACCCUUCAACUGCCAGUAUUGAACAUGGAGCUCACUGAGCCACGAACCCGAACGCUGUUUGAUGAAGGGUGGAAAUUUAAUCUCGGCUCCGACGUCGCACCACCUCGCCGUCUUGUGGGAAAGGCAGGCACAGCAAACGGUUGGAGUGACUUGAGCGAGGAAGAAUUAAUGGCAUACAAUGGCGAGAGAAGCCGCAUUGAGAAAAUGGGGCCUUCAUUUCAGGCUGUGCAACUCCGACCUCAUGACAACGAUGCCUCAUGGACAGACAUAAAGCUACCCCACGAUUGGAGAAUUGAGCAACUGCCGAGCCCAAGUCAACAAUAUGCAUCGGACUAUCCAAAAAUAUGGCAAGGUUUCUGGCCAACCGGUGUGGCUUACUAUCGAAAAAUAUUUACCACCAGCCCGCAUCAACAUGGACAGCACGUCUAUUUAACCUUCGAUGGUAUUGCUGGAAACUCGGACAUCUGGCUGAAUGGAUUUUGGAUUGGAAAUCAAUCGACCUCUUAUACACCCUUGACAUUGGAUGUGACUGAGAUGCUACGCUUCGGAAUUCCCAAUGUUCUUCUCGUGCGGAGUGAUUCAUCCGAGGCAGAGGGGUGGUGGCUAGAAGGAGGGGGAAUCUACCGGCAUGUCUGGAUCGAACAAAGAGGCGAUGUUCAGAUCACACAGGACGGCAUAUAUGUUACGGCGAAGGACGUCUCCGACAAGAAGGCCACCAUCAACGUAGAGUUGAGCAUCGCGAAUCUCAGCCUAAGUGCUGUUGACGCCACAGUCAGUCUCUUAAUCGUGCAUCCAUCAGGAGAACAUGUUCCUGCUAUCCCCGAAGAUAAAGCAUCUUCACUGAACCUCCAAGGCAUGUCGACUUCUACAGUGAAAAAAGAAAUCACUAUCGACACCCCAGAGCUAUGGUGCCUUGGGAAAGGCUCUCUAUAUUCGCUUACUGUCUAUAUCAAUCAGAAGCGGCCUGCUAUGCUGUUGGAUCAAGUCGACCUCCAGUUCGGGAUCAGAAACAUCGAAUGGGAGGAAGACGGGGUUGUGAUCAACGGAUUGAAAUCGAAGAUAUUUGGCGUCAAUCUACACCAAGACUUUGGUUUCUAUGGAAGUGCGCUCCCCGAUCGUAUCAUCGAAGCAAAAAUGGACAUGUGCGCGGAAAUGGGGGCGAAUGCUGUUCGCAUCGCCCAUCAUGCGCCAACGCCAGAGUUGGUGCGCCACGCUGAUCGAACUGGUAUGCUCAUCCUGCCAGAGCAGCGAAAUAUGAGUACUUCCUCGGCUAGCAUUCAGCAGCUACGAAAUAUGGUUCGCAAGUUUCGGAGCAACCCUUCGGUAUUCAUGUGGAGUCUUGAAAACGAGGAACUCUCUUUGCAGGGAACAGCAGUGGGAAGCGCCAUUCUCGCACGUCUAAUCAAAGAAUGUCGAAGUUUAGACCCAACUCGCCCUAUUACACUUGGCGGGGUAGUGAGUCUCGACGAUGACUCGGCAGGAUACUAUCGGCAGCUUGAUGUGGUCGGAAUGCAUUACCGCUGCCUUUUUGGAAACCUCGAUCAAACUAUUACAUUGCACACUAAUAAGCUGCUCAUCCUCGAUGAGGAAGGGUUGUUUGCGAGUACACGAGGGGUCUAUCACUAUGACAAGAAGAAUGCUUACUCGGGAUCGUUCUCCUACAUCCAUGAAGCGCUUCUAGAUCGAGACGAACCGCAAUCCAACGCAGCAAUUGGUGACAUUGACCCUCUCAAAUUCUCUCCUUUUAUUGCGCCGAAUCUGAGCCUUGCAUUCUCUCAUCCGAAAGUUACGGGGAGCUUUAUUUGGACCGGAAUCGACUACUAUGGUGAGCCAACUCCAGCCCGGUGGCCAUCAGUGGUGGGCGCAUGUGGCCAACGAGAUCUCGCCGGGCUUCCAAAAGAUUAUUACUGGCUUGUGCGAAGUAUAUUCAAGGAACAAGAACCCAUUGUACACGGCUUCCCACACUGGACAUGGCCGGGGAAGGAGGGGCAGAGUCUAUCCUUCGCCGUCUACUCGAACUGUGACGAGGUUGAGAUAGAGGUCAAUGGCGUCCUCUCAGGCCCUCGGCUUCCAAUUAUCGAUCACAAAGCCCAGCAGCCACAAGGCAUUGUGUACCAAGCCGGUAAUGUCUGUGUCCGUGGUUUCAAGAAUGGAAUGGCGGUUGCAGAGCACAUACAGGAGACUGCUGGAGCACCCUUCGAGCUGAGACUCUUGCCGGAUCGGACAGAACUCAAUAGCUCCGGAAAGGACAUUGCCCUAGUGCGAAUAUGCGUUGUUGACGCAAAGGGCUGCUUCGUACCAUACGCCACAGACCUGGUUCAAGUCUCGGCUAAAGGCCCGGGCAGAGUCAGCGGGAUGUGCAACGGUGACACUUCAUUCUCAAAGUACCUUAGACCCUUGGAUAAUGCACCGUUAUUCAAUGGACAAGCUGUUGUCUUUGUCGAGGGUGGAGUGGAAGAGGGAGAGCUGGAAAUCGAGGCAUCUGCCGUUGGGAUUCAGACUGCUACCACGAUACUAAAGGUCUCGAGCAAACUGAACCAUGGGCAUUAUCUCUCGGCUCAUCUAGAUGAGAAGGCAAUUUCGGUGCAUGGAGUUUACAGAAAUCCUUUUCAUGAUGACCAGGAAAGGGCAUAA